CUUUGUACCAAAUUGAGUCUCAAUCCCUUUCCGUGUUCAGACAACCGUGCGUGAUCAUGCAUAUGUCGACCCUGUGUCGUGGUUUCCGGGUGACGGGACUUAAGUUGGGGGUGACAGAGGUGGGGUGUGGUCGGUGUUUGUGUGUGUGCCAGUGUGUGUCCGUGCCAGGAUCGGGUGAUAAAAAUCUCGCUGCAUGACAAUAUAACAGUGAGGUACAGAUAGAUAUUUCUGGACUCCUCAUUAUCAUAUCUGGGAGUGGGAGUGGUGCACCUGUGGGUGUUUCCAACAACGUGUCUGUACUUCCGGGCACUGAUUCUUCCCAUAUAUUCGCAUUGGAAAACUUAUUUUGGAGCCACAGAACUUUGGAGCCGAAUUUGAUGUUUUACCGGUUAGAUAAAGUAAUGGAUAACUUUCCCUUCGCAAACUUUCCUAAGCCCAAAAUGCCAAUUUUCAACUCAUACGGACGUAACGAGGCACUGCACUUCCUACUUCAAAGUUAAUGUUAUGUUGCUGUUUAUCUACGCCAGUCCUUGGCAACCUUCUUACUUUAGAAUACCAAAAAAAAAAAACAUUUCUAGGAAGAGAUACAAUACUGUUCUACUGUGUCAACGCCAGUGAAGUUGUAGCGUAACGCGAUAGUAGGCUAGGCGCGGAUACGGCUCAAAGAUCAAACAAACACACCUGCUGUUACCACGGCGCGCUUUGUACGUCAUAGACAGACAGGUGUUAUUGAACGUGCUAAAUAUAGACAGUAACAGUCAGACAAUACGUCACUUUUCGGGGAAGCCCUUCCCGUGGGCGAAGUAUCUCGCCUAUAAAAAGAGCAAAGUUCCAACACUGGCCGUACACCAACGGCACGGGCGCCUGAAAAUUCGUCUGUUUGUGGAGGCUUGUAGAUUCGUUGCUGUUAACUUAGUCCUUAGUCCAAUAAUAGGGCCUACAAACUGUCAACAACGACAUGCUGCUACUAGAGAAAAUCGUCUUCGUUACAAUUUUGGGGAUGUGUGUCUUCAGUCUUUGCACAGCCGGAAGACGAGAAAAAGGGUGUUCGGAAAGAAAUAUGAAGAACAAUUACCGCAAAUUCUCCAAAAUACACGACAGAGUCAAUACCGCCUUGAGGAAAGUGACCACUACGUCCGAAAAGGUGGAGGAACAUGUUUCACGUGAGGACAGGACCAACCCGGAUAGUUUGUUACUGAAAGUUGGAGAUCUACUUUUCGAAGACGGUCCGAGCUUCUCGGGACUGAGACUUAAAGGACUGAAGUUGCCAGACUUGGGUCUCGACGAUAUAGCGAAGUUUCAAAUUUACAUGGCGGAACUGGGGGUACUCAACAGUGAGCUGGACAGGCUGGAGGAUGACGUCAUUGAGAAUGUACGUCAUCUUGAGGAGGAGGACAAGUUGCUCGUACUGAAAGGCGUGAUGGAAGAUCUUCCCAUCCUCAAGGAAUAUUUGAAGGAAAUCCACAAGGACGCAUCUGAGUUGACGGAAAAAAUUAAGAGAUGUGUGCCCAACGCACACGUGGACAUCCUGGUCGAACAGUACAUAACACAAGUCGAGUCUACCAGACAGACGGCUCCAAGUAGGACUCGGCGAGAUACACAAGAGGCCACGGCAAGCUCCUCGAUCUUGCUUGGGAAGAUCAGGCACCACGUCGGCCGCGAACGUCGGGACACGGCCGGAGCAGGGGAGAGCGCCCUCCAGCACAGCUGGUGGGUACUGCAGGACCUAGAGAAUCUCCUCCAACAUGACGUCAUCUCGACACUCAACAGCAUGACGAACAAGAGUAGUGGGGAAGGAGGCAGGAGGAAACGCUCAAAGAAGGGGAAGAACAGUCAGUCAGACUAAACCAACUGCCUCACUAGGUGCGGGCGGUUAAUGAAAUCGUAUUUGGGGGAGGUUGAAGACUAUGAUAUGUUGUAAGAGUUUGCUUCUCUAUAUUAGGGAGGGUAAACUUCUGACAUUUUCAACCUCACUCCUCGCUUAGUACACGCUAAGUGUUUGUUGUUGAACUUCUUUGGAGGUUCAUGUACAGGUUAUACCUGACAUUAAAGAUGUUAAACAGAUACGCACCAGUCCUUAAAUGUUAGUUUUGCCAUUUAUCGAAUACUAGUAUUAUCGUGUAAAGAUUGUAUUUGUGUGGGUGUUUGAUAAAGUUAUUUCAGAUUAGAAUGAUUCUAAAUUUAUCUAUUGUUUUCAAUAGCCAAACAGGUACACCGUGCAAUUAAGUAUUGUUAGAUAUAUUGCAUAUUGUUUAUAACUUAUUGUGCAGAGGUAAUAGAUAUAUCAACAGAAGCGAUAUGUGCUCAUACAUAUGUAUAUUUUACACAGCUAUUUAUUUUGUACAAAAUACAUAUUAUAUAUUUUUCAAAUAUAAUAUAUUAUAUUGUUGCAAUUAUAUGCAGGGGCAGCUACAUCUAAACAAUGUCGCAGGCAGUACAGUGUUUCUUGCUUGCUGAACAAAAUUUAAUGUGGAAGUCGAGUUUAUAAGAAUGAAUUGCCGAACAAAUGUUAGAUUUGAGCUUGAGAAUAGAAAUGGCUGAACAAAUUAAAGGUUAGAUUCUCACUUGCGAGAAUGAAAUGUAGUGCACAUUGCACCUUUCGUAACUAGAUACAGCUCGAAAAAGUUUAUUAAUGAAAGUGGCAGUAAUUAGUCUAUGCUAAUGAAGUUUUUAAUUUACAAUUUGCCAUUGAACUUUAUGUUUCUGUAGUACUGUUAUAUAGUAUAAGUCGGGUAAAAAUAAUACUACUUUGAGAUAAACUUUAUAACAGCAAUAUUGUUUGUGUUGUUGUCAUGAAGUUAAAGUUAUUUUUUUGUAUUGUUGCAAAAUUUGUCUGUUAAGUGAAUACUUUGUAUGACGAAUCCCUUCUGCCAACAGAAUAAAAUGAGUUUGAUUUUAAAA